AUGGAAAAUAAAAUAUUUUAUAUCAAAUAUCUUGACAACCAGCCAGUGAAAAUCAAAACUCACUUUGAUGGAGAACUAGAGAGAAGAACCCCAAUUGAUAGUGUUUUGAAACUAAUUGCUGCUUACAAGACUGCCACCACUCCCCUCCUUGACGCUAUCCCUGUUGACGAGCCCACUCCAUUAUGUGGUGAAUGGAGUGGUGUGAAUGUUGUAAAGUUUUCCAAUUCAAACCAAAUUCCCAUGAGUGCCAUUGAUCUCUUGGAAUGGCUUUCUGGAUCGAAUGUUAAUUCUGCAGUUGAUUUGGCUGACAAACAAGUGCUAUCUCAGCAGCAAACCAAUCUUAAUCAAAAAGUUGUAUUUCCGCUGGCUGGUCGAGAGAAAUCGCUCCAGCACAUUGCAUCAUGCUUUAUGGCCACCUAUCGACAUCGUAGCAAUAUUGAUCGGAAUUCAAGACGUAUUAUUGUAUGUACUGGUAUGCCGGGAUUGGGAAAAACUCGACUUAUGACAGAGUGCUCUAUCACAGUUUUAGACAUGACAGGGAUUCAAGGCAAACGACUAUCGGCAAUCGUUUCUUUUGGAAAUGACACGAACCCAUAUGGCGAAAUUGACAAACUCCUUGGAAUCAAAUGUUCAUUUACCUGGAGAUUGCUCCAUUCGGUUUUCAAGGCGCAAUACAAGUUUGAUGAUUGGAUGCGUGGAAAUUCACCAAUAAACAGAAGCGGGCUCACAAUGACAUUAGCUUUAUCGACCAUUGAGCUUUAUUGGAGUCAGAAAGCUCGAGACAGCAUACUUUUAUUUGUCGGAGUUGACGAGUAUCAAAAACUCGGUCAAGAUGAACUGAGUUCUCUGCUGGAUAUCUUGCCAUUGGUCCUUUUAUUUCGGAUAUACACUGGAUUCGUGGUCAGUGAAGCCUUUGCUCAAAAUGCCUUUCAUCUAAGCGGAGUGCCAAGACUACUGACUGAGUUUGCAAAACAAGUUGUAUCCAUGAAGCCGAAUGAUCUAACCGAACACCGUUUUCGGGAGGCAAGAAUGGUUGCGCUUUCAAACUUGCAGCAUCAUCAAUUGUCACUCGCUGAUAUUUUGAAGCUACUGGCGAUUUCUUUUACAAACAUGCCUGUUACAUAUCUACUAAACUGUCCGUUUUCUGAAUCAUCGCUACCUUCUGCAAGAAACCUUACUUGGAGUCAAAUGGUUUCAAACGGGAUGUGUCAAAUUCAAGAUGAUGGUCAAGUGAUUGUACCAUUCCAUAUCAUUGUUCAGGCUUUGGAGAGGCCAUUGAGUCAAAGCGUCGGUCUAAACCAAUUUGGAGCGGCGCUCCUAUCAUCGUUGAAUGGUUUGUCGCUUGACGUUGAAUAUCCACUUUCCAACAUGACUCGUUGGUCACCAUGGGAGUAUUUUGGUGCUAGUUUCUACUGUAUCAGAAUCAACUCGUUUCUUGUAUUGGGAAUAUCGAUACUUUCUUUGUCUGAUAUACUGUGUGGAUCGCGGUUUGAUUCAGGUAUUUUCAAUACUCAAGUUCACAUCAGAAUUGCUGAAGUUUUCCAAUCAAACGAGCAAUAUGGACCUGAUAUGCCACGAAUGAUCACUCGGAAACACGACAGCUGUUGUCUCGUUGACUGGGUUGGCGGCGAGACAUUGCAAAUUGUAAUCAAUGUUUUGGAUCAACGAAAACGACUUGGUUCUGAUAUUACAAACUCGAAUCUGACCACUUUCCGAUCGAAAUUACCGAACCCGCCAGCAUGUUUAAACAAGUUCAAGUUGGACUCUGUUUUUGGUCUGAUGAGCAUAUAUUCACAGAUUAAUAUUAACCAUGUUCCAAAUUCAACGUAUUUUGUUUCUGCAUCAGAUUAUCUGUAUUUUCAUGGUUCACUCUAUGAUCAUCCAGGUUGUUCUAUGGCCAUUGAUGUCAAUUCUGCAUUGAAAACAUCGAUUAAACAGAUAUUCUGCGGUACCAAUGAUGAGCAAACGAAUUUGGCAAACAAGGUCAUUGAACAGCGCUACAACAAACGCAUUGCAAGCUAUGAUGAACUUGAAUCAUUGGUGUCACAAUGGGGUGGAAAGCUGAACGAGUCGGCUCGUGCAAGAAUCAAGUUUUAA